AUGCAAGCUCAGAGUGCUGUUUGAGUUCAAAGUUUGGUUUGUAAAACAGAUAAGCAACCCAGACAGAGACAAAAAGAGUGCACAGUAGGGCACAGAUGUGGGCACACAUACAAAGAAGACAGGAAUGACAUACUGCAUAUUUCGUCCUUUAAUAUGAUGGAACUGUUAACUCUGCCAGCCUUGCAUCGCAUGGCCAUCUGUGGUGGUACCCAUGGCAACGAGAUGACUGGCGUGUACCUGGUGCAGGAAAUGGCAAGGCGGCAGAAGGAGGAAGGGGAAAAGGCGUGGCCUCUGCCAAUCAAGCUAGUGCUUUCCAAUCCUCAGGCCAUAGAGCAGUGCAGGAGAUACAGUGAGGCAGACCUCAACCGCUGUUUCACUAGCGCCAUCCUCAGAACGCCAAUCACAGACAGCUCUCCUUAUGAGCUAAGGAGAGCACAUGAGCUAAAUGCCCUCCUGGGUCCAAAAGAGAGUGAAGAGGCUGUUGACAUCUUAUGUGAUCUCCAUAAUACCACGUCAAACAUGGGAGUUACACUCAUCUCCUACUCUUUGGAUGAGUGGAUCAGUCUUCACAUCUACAAAUAUAUAAAGAUGAAAAUGACCUCAGCGCCGGUAAGAUUGUUCAUGGUAAAUAUCCCCAAUGAUGAAGCAUACUCCCUAGAGUCUGUGGGCAAGAACGGCUUCUCACUAGAAGUGGGUCCACAACCACAUGGUGUGCUCAGAGCUGACAUUUACAAUUAUAUGAAGGAGGCCCUUGAUCUAGCAAUAGAAUGGAUAGGCCUUUUCAAUUCAGGUACUGUGAUAGAGGGUGGAGAGGUGGAGGCAUAUUUGUUUCAUAAGAGCAUUGAUUAUCCUCGAGAUCCUGACAGCCAACAAAUAUCAGCUGCCAUACACCCUCAACUGCAGGACCAAGACUUCUGCUGUCUAAAGCCAGGUGAUCCCAUGUUCCAGUGCUUCUCUGGGGACACCGUGUGUUACAAAGAGGAGGAGUCUCUCCAUCCUUUCUUUAUCAAUGAAUGUGCUUACUAUGAGAAAGGCAUUGCAUUCCAUCUGGCUCGCAAGGCCACCGUGAAGAUUCCCUCAGUGAAAGUGCAGAUUGAGGACAGGGGGACGAGUUGAUGAUCUCAAUGAUCAACAAAACUCAAAACUAUGCAUAAGCUAUUGUAACCAAGCUUCACUCACAUUGCACAGUAUAUUGGCCAACUUGACCACAUCACCUCAGGGGAAACAAAUGUAAAUGUAGAUAGUUUUUUCUCAAUGCAUUUCACAAAUAAAUGUCAUAUAUCGUAUAUAAUGUGAUAUAUCCUAUACAAUUUGCAAUAUUUUGUGAUUUCACAAGAAUAUUUUCUUAUUUGCCUACUUAUUUCAAAUGCAAAUAGAUUAUUACUCUAUUUGAUGUCACAGAAGCUAUCAGCAGCAUCAAGUCUACUCUGUUGUUGUGUAAAGAGCCCCUACCCCAAUCAUAGAAAAACACCCAAAAAGCCUAUUCGCUGGACAAG